AAGAUUUUAUAAUAAAUCCUAUAAACCCUCAAUAAAACGCAAACCAUUUAAAAUACAAUAAGAUACCCUAGAAAUCGAGUCGGGUCGGAUGGAGAUGAAGAAGCAGCAAAACCCUAAACCUUCAAACAAGUUACGCAGACGACGAGAUUCAUGGAAACCGUGGUCGGAGCUUCCUUCAGAUCUCCUGAACUUAGUGUUCGAACGCCUCGGCUAUGCUGAUUUCCGACGAGUAGAAUCCGUAUGUCGCUCUUGGUGCUCCGCUGCGAGACGUUGCUUGGCGAAAAAGCAAGUCCCAUGGCUGAUUCUCUUACCGGACGAAGACGACAAGAUCGAAACCCAUUGGUGCAGAUUCUUCAAUCCCGAGGAAAAAGAAAAGCUUUACAGGAUGCGAGCUGACGUGUUCCAAUUUGCAAACAGCACGAUCUUAGCAACACAUGGGAACUGGCUUCUUAUGGUAGAUCACUGGUCUGAUCUCUACAUUUUGAAUCUGUUUACUCACGAGAAGAUCUAUUUACCUGAGGUGGAGUCACAGCUUGGAACCACGAAGGUGGAGCGAACCACCUCGAGAGGUAAUUUUUGUAUUUCAAACGUAAACGAUCACCACUGGCCUCGCCCAACGAAGUUCAAAGGUAUCAAUAUGGUUAUGCGUUCCCCUGUCUUUUGGAUUGACGAGGGAACUAAAGAGUAUGUUGUUCUAUGGGUACUUGGCGAUUGGUGUGUGGUUUAUUCCAAGAAAGGAGAUGUGUUCUGGAAUCAGAUUCAAAUCCCCUUAGGUUAUUUUAUUGAACGUUUUGAGAUGGUUUUCAAAGAUCACAAGCUUUACUACCUCUUCCUAAAUCCUAGGUAUGCUGGUUGUAUCAAAAUAUUCGAUUUCUCCGGAGAGAUUCCGCAAGAGACUUUUCACUGUGAUGUUCCUGCCAACCCCUCUCUACUUCAGCCGAUAACAAGCAACGAUUCGUGGCGAAUAUGGCGAACAAAACUUGUAGUUACAAUAAACGGAGAUGUCCUCAAGGUUGAACGAUUGUUCAAGUAUGAACAAGAGGUUAGGCUCUGCUCCUUCCGCGUCUACAAGGUUUGUUCAUCAGGUUUCUCUAACAAGUAUGGUGAACAAGUUUAUUCUUUGGGCGACGAGGCAAUGCUUUUUGAUCUAGGCGUCACUGUGCUCGCUAAUGAUGACAUUGUGGGUUUUAAGAGAAACUCCAUCUACUACAAUGUCAUAUCACAUGACGAAAACGCUACUCAAAUUUGUGUCUUUAAUCUCGAGACAAAGGAGAUGAAGGAGGAGCCACUCCACAAGUUUGUUUGUUCGUCAGAGCAUCAACUCGGCAGAGCUCGAUGGUUCCUUCCAAGUUUCAAGCAGACAUAAUUCAUCUCUAACUACAAUAUGCUGUUUAUUUUGUUUCGUUAAAAUCAGUAUUACAUCACAACUGCUAUGGUGUAGUUAGAAUAAACUUAAUGUUUAUGGUGUGGAACAUAAAAAAAUAUAAUAUGAAUCUAUUGGUUAAAUAUUUGGAAAUAGUGCUAUUGAUGUGUAUUUUGACCAA